GAUGGAUCAUGAAGUGGGGUCUAGGAUCAGGGAUCCUUUAGAGGGUUGCAAGCCCCCAGUGGUGGAUUAAAUACAUUUACUUUAAGUACAGUAUAAGUACAAAUUUGAGGUGCUUUACUUGAGUAUGAACAUUUUGUGCAACCUUAUACUUCUUCUACAUGUACAGGAUUCCCCUACUGAAUCUAACCAAACAACACAAACCACAGGCUCUGCAGCAUCUGAGAGGGAGGCUGUUGAUCUGAAAUAACUGGGGUCACACUCUUGACAGUUCAGGUGAGGUUUAAUGCGACAGUGUCAAGUGAUGAUGGGCACCAUAUCUGCAGGUCUCACUGGUACGAGCAAGGAAACCGAUGGCAAUGUCCGCACGUAAUAAUGAUGUAAGAUUAUUCAUGAUUCUCAUCGCUGCUCCCUGCAGACACUGAUGUUGCUCCACUCCUAUCGUCCUCAGCGGGGGGGCACCUGCUGUCCCGCUCCGCGCUGCAGUGGCUGUGUGAGCGGAUGAUUAGUGCACAGCUGGAGAGAAAGGCAGACCUGUAACACCUGGACUUUUAACACAUUACAUCGCACGCACGGGAGACGGCAAAACGUGCGCGUUCACUUUCCCGGGAGAUCCAGAGAUGAUGCCCCGUCUGCCGGGCGACGGCAGGACGACACGCGGGACCACUGGCACCCUUUUGUCGGCAUGUCUGGUCUCCGCUUGUCAAGCCCUCCGGAGCUGCGGGGAGGUCCAGUGCGGCGACGGCCAGCAGUGCUGUCCGCCCAUCGCCACCGGGAACGGCAGUGCCAGCUCCGCCGUGCGCUGCUGCAAGCUCCCCAUCCACAUUUUUUUCGACAACGUAGGCUGGUUUACGCGGAAGCUGUCCGGCAUCCUGAUCCUGUUGCUGCUCUUCGCCAUGGGCUACUUCAUCCAGCGGAUCAUCUGCCCGCGGCCCCGCCGGCACGGUCCGAACCACGACCGCACCGAGGAGCCCUCCCUCUUUCACGGACACGCAUCGGCGUCCCAGGACUCCCUGCUGGACCGGUACCCCGAGUACAGCCUCGGGGACUUCGCCUCUCCGAACCUGCCAGCCUACGACGAGGUCAAAUAUUUGCCCACGUAUGAGGAAAGCAUGCAGGAGAUGCACAGAGACCGGUCCGAUGAUAACUUGCUGUCGGAAAACGAGCGGGGCGGGCAGGGCAGGGUGAGAGCGGCGGGACCGAGAGCUGGAGACCAGAGACGGGAUGUCCUGGAGGUGUCAGGACCGCAACACAGCCCAAGGACAUCUCGGAACUCUGUCUGACGGGAAACAAAGCUACAGAGACAAUACAGCAUUCUUAUUUUAAUAUAAUCAGGGUAAUUAUCUUGCAGAGAUAUAAACUCAAGUGCAAUUAUAAUCCCAAAUGUUAAGAAUAAAAGGAGGAGGCUGAGAAAAUGUACGUGUUUUGUAAGAUUAUAGGGGAUCACUCGCCUUUUGUAUGCAAAUGGUCGCUUGGGUUAAGCAAAGGAGAUUAUAAAGUAAGCGAAGGCGGCUGAAAUGGAUGCUCUUUGUGACAGGGACGGCUAAUUUGGCUGCGGCACAAUCGCAUUAAGUUUUACUUCAGCACCUCAAUUUUAAGUGGCACCGUGAAACCAUGCUUCUUCUGUCAAAUUCUCAACCUUUCUUAGUCUGUAAUGCAAAAUAUUCUGCUGGACCCGAAAGACAUUCUUCUCUUUUAUUUAUUCUUUAUUGAAUUUGCAUACAAAAGGAAGAAUAUUUAGAUCCCCCCCCCCGUAACCUGAAAUGUGGGCUAGAAGAGGGAGUGAAGGGAGGAAUAUCAAUAUUUUAAUACUUUCUGAGGCACACAUUUUUAUCAGCCAGCUUUAGAAACAGUUCAUUUAUAUCUUAUCAGCAUGAAAGCAAUAUUCUGACUCAAACACAUGCACGCACACACAUUUCACUGGGGGCUGACAGAUGAGCAUUUUAUCAGUGACCUGAGCCAUGUCUGAUGCCUACUGCAAGAAGUGUGUAGUUUAAAAAAAAAAGAAGAAAAAAAAAAGCUCUGAUCCUGAGAGCCUUGCUGCCCCUGAGGCUGCAUGUAUCAGUGUCUCCCAGGUUUUGAAUUCAGGAAAAAAAAACAAUGGCAGAGAUUAUAGCUGGUAUACUGAUAGGGCAUAAGCUGCCAAGAAACAAAGUUGUAUUUUGAUGAUAGCAUGUUAUACAAGAUCACAACUGGUGCCCCGAGCAGAACUAACAGCGGAGAGCUCAGACAAAGCAAAGGAAAAGACAAAGGGACAUCUAACAGGAGACAAGGGUGAGACGAACAGGAGGCAAUAAUUUCUUUGUUCAGUGAUCUGAGGAUGCAGAUUGAGAAUAUCUUUAGAUCUACUUGUAUGUUGACCAUAAGUGUGUAACUGUCCCUUGCUAAUGUGCAUGGAGACAAGGAGUGUCUUUUUUGCUGCUUCAAACUGAAAAACCAAGCGGACACAGACGCACACCUCAUUACAUCGAGCUUAAUGGCCUGUUUACACGGAUUAAAGUUAUAUUUGCCUUUACCUGUCCCAUAAAAUGUCUCAGUAUGUUAUAAGAUAAAGCUAUGUGGUAAACAGUCACACUUGUGACUUGUCAUAUCCUCUCUCCAGCCCGGACUUGAAGAAAUGUUAGCACACCAUUAGUCCCAGGCCAAAAGAGUAGAAGACAAAAAUAUAGAAAUAGAAUCUCCAUUAGGACUGUAAGUAAUUAUUACUUUCAUUAUUGAAUAACCUGCCAGUUAUUAUGAUGAUUAAUUGACUUAUCGUUUGUCUAUAGAAUGACUACUGAAACAUUCCCAGAGCGAGAGAUGAUGUCUUCAAAUUGCUUGUUUUGUCUGACCAACAGACCAAAACACAAUAACAUUUAUUUUACCAUGAAAGAAGGCACAGAAAAAACACAAAUACUCACAUUUGAGAGACUGAAACCAGUAAAUUUUUGGCAAUUUUGCUUAAAAGAAUGACUUAACUAAUUGAUUCUCACUCUUAAACAAUUACCAGAAUAGUUGCCAACUAAUUUUCUCAGCUCUGACCUCCACUGCAUCAAACAAAUCUCUGCCUGUGACAAACGGACAGAUUUAUUCACUUGUCUGCAAUGGGAAAGUGUAGUCAGUAAACUGAGCACUUUACUUACCUAUUCUUCCAUUUUGUGUUGAACACCCUGUGACCCAACUUAUUAAAUCAACUCAACUGAUUUAUCUCAGAAGCUCCAGGGUGGUUAUGUGCCAUCAGAAAGACCAAUGCAUACUUGUUGGGACAGUGUAAUAGAAGACAGUAUAUCAAAGCAUUCUUAUUUACCACAAAGAUCUGUCAAAUGCUAAGCUAUUAAAAUAUAGAAGAUGUGGCUUCUAAAGCAACUAUACCCGCAAAUCUAGACUUGCUGCAAUUAGAGACCUUGAGCUAAUGCUCUUCACACUAAAAGUCUGAGUGUGAUUGUGGUGGCUUGUGUAAUCCAAUACUGCCGGACCAUGAUGGUAGAGCCAAUAGUGAACACUGAUGGCUUCUCUAUCCAGAGGGAAAGUUGUGGGUUGGUGGAGUUUGCACUCAGAAGCAAUAAAUCCAUGCUUAAAACCCACUGAUGGGUUGAGUAUGUGACCCUAAGAUAUAUGAAGCCAUGUAUGAGUGCUACUCAAACCAUAAGAGGUGUGAAUGUUACUUUUCACUCUCUCCUUCGUCGUCAUUGUGAUUCAUUGUGAACCAGCUCCCAUAUGUAUCUUGCAAGGGUGGGUUUUGGAAUAGGCAUGACCAGUCUUGUACAGUUCCCAGCAUGAAACUUAAAUCAGAUAAUGUAAAGGUGCGACAUCCACCUGCCAAGAGAGAGGACAGUGAGGUAGUUCCUUCUCCUCAAAUGCACAUAUUACAAAUCCAAACAUAUACUGUAUGUGCACAAACAUAUACAGAGACACAGACAGAAAGAAAACAGACAGACAUACAGAUAAACAGAGUACACACACAGUCACACAAAAUGGAUUUGAUAUUAGCAACAUUGGAAUAUGCACCAAUGAUUCAGUUGUUCUCUUGCUUGCUGGACCAAAGAACAGAUAUACUAUAAAAGGUCAAAUCAAUGAGCAUUAUCCUCCUCAUAAAUUCUACAUUAUAUCCGGGAAGUGUAUUUUUGGGGGAGCUAUCAAUCAAUCUAAUAUAGGAGAUGUUGCCAGUCACUGAAUAUGGUAAUGCAACUCUGUGGUUUAAUAAAAUAAUCUAUUUA